GUCUUUACAUUGAAAAAGAAGCAUUGUCAUCAUUGAUUACUUAUCCAAUUCUCUCAGCACUAUUUGGCUCUCUACCUUUCCUAUUUUUGCCUCUCUUGUUAGCAUAUACUCGUUCCAAAAAUCCAUGGCUGCAACAGUUACUAUUGCUAGUGAUGAUUUCUUGGAACAGCCUUCUAUUCAUUCAACCGAAGUAACCACCAUCAAAUCAUUGUCUGAAUCUGGCCUUACUUCUAUACCUCCUUCUUUUGCCUCCAAAAAUCUUCAUUAUCUUCCAGUUCUGGACUCAUCACAAGGCUUAAUUCCCAUCAUUGACUUUUCUCUCCUAGCCUCCAACAAUUCCAAACUCAGGUGCAAGGCCAUUCAAGAUCUUGGCCAUGCUUGUGAAGAAUGGGGCUGCUUCUUGUUGAUCAAUCAUGGUAUCCCAGAGAGCAUGAUGAACAGCAUGAUGGAAGGGGUUCAAGGAUUUUUUGAUCUUUCGGAUGAAGAAAAGAAAGAGUUUCAAGGGAAACAUAUCUUUGAUCCCAUGAGGUAUGGCUCUAGUUUCAAUACUGCCGUAGAAAAAGUAUACUGCUGGAGGGAUUUUCUCAAAGUCUUUGUGCAUCCAGACUUCCAUUUCCCUCAUAAACCUUCUGGAUUAAGUGAUACUGCGUGUGAGUAUUUCAAAAGAAUCAGAGAAAUCAUAAGGGAACUGUUGAAAGGUGUAUCAGAAAGUUUGGGAUUAGAACCAAACUACAUAAAUAAGGCUAUGAAUAUGGAGUCAAGCUUUCAAGUCUUCAUUGCAAAUCUGUACCCUCCAUGUCCAGAGCCAGAACUUGCUGUGGGGAUCCAUCCUCACUCUGAUCAUGGCUUGCUCACUAUGCUCUCAGAAAAUGGCAUCAAUGGCCUCCAGACUCUGCAUAAUGGCAAUUGGGUCAAACUCAAUCCUCUUCCCAAUGCUCUAAUGGUUAACACUGCUGAUCUUCUGGAGAUUGUGACUAAUGGGAAGUACAAGAGCAAUGUGCAUAGAGCUGUACUGUACAGCAAUGCUACAAGGAUAUCAAUAGUGACUGCAAAUGGCCCAUCAUUUGACCAACUUAUCAGUCCAGCACCAGAGCUUGUCAAUGAAAGCAACCCACCAGCCUAUAAAUCAUUAACAUAUAGGCAAUUCUAUGAACUUCAUCAAUCAAACUCACUUGAUAAGAAAAGUGCAUUGGACCGCAUACGCCUUCUAACGUAGACCACUCUGCAGAACCAAGUAUCAUCCAUGGUCAUACAUGAUAUAUGUAUGGAUGGAUGAAUGAGAUUAUGUAUGCAUGUGUAUGGAUGUAUGUAUGAGUGUUUCUUAUCUAUCUAGUGCUUGGAAAUCAGUAAAACUUUUCUGCUUAUGAAUUGAUAGCCCACAUGGAAUGACUAGUCUCCGCCACUGGUUUUAAGUUUUCCAUUUCAAGUGUACCUUUUUAGUUGAAAUCCAGCUUGACUCUGUUCCAUAA